AUGUUGGCAGCUAGAAGCGCAGGACCUGUCUCAUUGCCAAUUGAGGCUGCAUUCUCUCCUUACACCGACAAUGGAGGAACGACUGUAUGUAUUGCUGGAGAAGAUUAUUGCAUUGCUGCAGGAGACACAAGACAGAGUGAAGGCUAUUCCAUCAAUGCUCGAUACGUUCCCAAAACAUUCCAACUAUCAAAUGGAACCGUAUUGGCCUCAACUGGGAUGGCUGCUGAUGCAAGAACACUCGUCAAAGUAUUGGAACAACGACUUGAGUGGUAUAAACACCAACACGAAAAACCAAUGAGCCCACCUGCACUCGCUCAAAUGCUAUCCACCAUCUUGUACGGCAAACGAUUCUUCCCAUACUAUACCUUUAAUGCUGUAGCUGGUGUCGAUCUCGAGGGAAAAGGUUGCAUCUUCACUUAUGAUCCUGUCGGAAACAUGGAACGAGUAGGAUGGGAUGCUAGUGGUUCUGCUGGUAACCUAAUACAACCAUUCCUUGACAAUCAGGUUGGAUUCAAACAUCAACCUACUCAUAUACAAGGAUUCCUACCCCUUGAAGCUGCACUCAAGUUGGUCAAGGAUGCCUUUACUUCAGCUACUGAGCGUGAUAUCCAUACUGGUGACUUUUUGGAUAUCUACAUCAUCAAGGCUGAUGGUGUUGUAAAGCAAACAUAUGAUCUAAAGAAGGAUUAA